GCGUUAUAUUACAGUAUCAGUUACGAAGGAAAUAAAAACUUGAAUUGAAAACAGAGUCAUUGUCUGUUAUCACCGAACAGUGAUCGAGUUUGCGAAGCGCACCGAUUGGAGAGCGUUCGUCGGAGAUGGAGACGUUGCCGACGACGAAGCGAGGAGGAGGGAGAUCGAAGCCCGUUCAGGCCUCGAAAUCGGCCCUCGUCAUGGCCUUCUUCUCGUGCGUCGCUUGGCUUUACGUCGCCGGAAGGUUAUGGCAAGACGCAGAGAACCGAAAUUUACUCGCUGGUCUUCUGAAGAAGAAUUCAGCUCAGAGGCCUAAGGUUCUUACAGUAGAGGAUAAGCUAAUGGUGCUAGGGUGCAGGGAUCUGGAGAGGAGGAUUGUGGAAGCAGAGAUGGAGUUGACAUUGGCUAAGAGCCAAGGGUACCUGAAGGGGCAGGGCCAGAAAAGUGGCUCUUCUUCUGAUCGUAGGCUGCUUGCUGUUAUUGGAGUGUAUACUGGAUUUGGAAGUCGAUUGAAGAGAAAUGUUUUCAGGGGGUCCUGGAUGCCCAAAGGUGAUGCCUUGAAAAAACUUGAAGAAAGAGGAGUGGUCAUACGUUUUGUUAUUGGUCGGAGUGCGAAUCGAGGUGAUAGCUUAGAUCGCAAUAUUGAUGAGGAAAAUCGCUCAACAAAGGAUUUCCUGAUUCUUGAAGGCCAUGAGGAAGCUCAAGAAGAGUUGCCUAAAAAAGUAAAAACCUUCUUUAGUACUGCAGUUCAGAACUGGGAUGCUGAUUUUUAUGUUAAAGUUGAAGAUAGCAUUGAUAUUGAUCUGGAGGGUUUAAUUGAACUUCUUGACCGUCGCCGUGGUCAGGAUGGGGCAUAUAUUGGAUGCAUGAAAUCAGGAGAAGUGAUAUCAGAAGAUGGAAAGCCAUGGUACGAACCUGAAUGGUGGAAAUUUGGGGAUGAAAAAUCGUAUUUCCGACAUGCGGCUGGUUCACUUGUUAUAAUUUCAAAGAAUUUGGCACAAUACAUUAAUAUAAACAGUGUAUCUUUGAAGACCUAUGCCUUUGAUGAUACAUCGUUGGGAUCAUGGAUGAUGGGCAUCCAAGCAACUUACAUAGAUGACAGUCGGCUUUGCUGCGGUAGUAUCAAUCAAGACAAGGUAUGCUCCUUGGCUUGAUUGGACGAUCACAAGCACAUCCCUUAUGCGGGAAACUCAUACACAAUUUGUCUGGAGAUCAGUGUCAGUUGAAGAUUGUUCUUUUCAGUUGCAAACUGCCUUGAAAACCACGCAGAUAAUAGCAAUAUAAUUCCUUUCUAGAUCUAGUAAUCUGUUCAUUCUUUUAGAUGUUAGCAGCGAAAUUGAAGGGGUAACUACAGAUUAACGGAGUUCAGCCAUUGGUGCCCAAUUGAUAUUUCCGGAAGUUUUUCUGUUAUUGUUUAUACAAAACAUCUGUUGAUGACAUAGUAUUGGAGAGCAAAAAAAAACCUAUAUACAAAAUAUUAAUGUAUUGAACCGCUGACGAGAAAAUUGUAGACUUUAUCAAGCUGAGGCAUGCAUUGAAAUUUUGCUGCAACACAAUUUUCUUUUUAU